UAAUUAAAAAAAAUAUGGAAACAGCCUUCCCUAGGGGUGGAAUUAAAUCACAUAAGAAAGUGAACAAAGUAAAAGAUGAUGAUUUAUUUAAGGUAAAACAAGAUAAGAAAGUUUCUAAAACAAAACAAAAACGUAAUAAGAGAAAGAAGAAACAAGUAGAAGAAUCUACAGACGAUUUAGUAGUAGUCGAGCCAUUAAGUUAUAAAACAUUGUCUACAGAAAUGGUAAUUCUUGGUUGUAUUGAAACUAUCAAGGAAUAUGAAUUAAAAGUGAUAUUACCAGGAGGAUCAAUUGGAACUGUGUCAAUUGUAAAUAUUAAUAAUCAUUACAGUAAUCUAUUAAAAAGUUAUACUGAAGAUCCAAAGAAUGUGGAAGAUGCUGUUAUUACUUUAUCUGGAAUGUUUGUUGUUGGACAAGUUGUUUUAUGUAAAGUCAUUUCAACUAAAUAUGAUGCUGAGAAGAUGAAAGCAGAGAUAAAGCUCUCCCUUGAUCCAAAAGAUGUUAAUGGGAGUUUAACUCAUUCAUGUCUAUAUAAUGGAAUGAUAUUACAAGCAGCUGUUGCUAGCAUAGAAGAUCAUGGUUAUGUUAUUGAUGUUGGAAUAGAAGGUGUAACAUCAUUUUUAAAAUAUUCCAAUUUUACAAAAAAUCAAGAUAAUCAAUUAGUUAUUGGCCAGUUGAUAACUUGUUGCAUUGAUAUACCUAAACUUUCAAAAGGAGAAUGUAUUGAAGACAGAACAAUUAUUUUAUCACUUAAAACUUCUCUUGUUGAUCAUUCAAAGGUACCUGAGAAUGUUAAUUUGACAUUGCAUUCACUUCGUCCUGGAAUGUGUUUAUCAGCAAUAGUAACAGAUAUUCAAGAUAAUGGUUUGAUUGUCAACUGCUUAGAUUAUAAAGGUUGUGUCUAUAAAGAUCAUUUGAAGAGUAUUUGGUGUAAACCUUCUUCUUAUGAAAUUGGACAGCAGGUUGAUGGGACUGUGUUAUACUUACAUCCAAUUUCUAAACAUAUAUAUUUUAGUCUACAUUUUAAUAUAACUCCUCAAAAAGUUAAAAAAAUGUUUGGUGAUUAUAAGAUUGGAAGUAUAACUGAAGCUAAAGUGACAGAAAUUGAUAAGUUAAUUGGAGUUUAUUUUUCAAUAGAUGAUAAAAUCAAAGCUCUUUGCACAAAAAAAAAUCUGUCUGAUGAUGAUAUAGAAAAUAUUGGUGACAAAUUUCUUGUUGGUAUGACUCAUAAGUGUCGUAUUCUUGGUAAGAAUCACAUUGACAAACUGCUUAAAAUAUCUACAAAAAGGAGUGUUGUUGAGAAAAGUUAUAUUCCUUUUGAAGAAUUAAAAGUAGGAGCUAUUUAUAAAGCAACUGUUCAAAAACAUGUAGAUAAUGGAAUGAUUGUAAAAUUAGCACAUAAUGUAAAAGGAUUUAUUCGUAAAAUGGAUAUGUCUGAAAUUUGUUUAAAUAAUCCAGAAAAAGUUUUUCAUCCUAGUUCAGAAGUGAAAUGUCGGAUACUUGAAAUCGAUGAUUCAAAAGAUCCUCCAUCUUUAUUAUUAACAUGCAAAAAAACUUUAGUAAAUUCAAAGUUACCAAUUCUUGCCAAAUAUGAAGAUGCUUAUCCAGGAAUGAUGGUAGAAGGUACCAUUGUACUUGUGAAAAAGACAGGAUUGCUCGUUCUUUUCUAUAAUGGUGUAAAGGGUUGGAUAACAUCAAGAGAAUUAAGCACCGAAAUUAUUGAAUAUCCUGAAAAAGUAUUCCACAUAGGACAAGUGGUUAAGUGUUGUGUACUGUUGUGUAUUCCAGAGCAGCAGAUAAUGAAACUUACUUUAAAAAUAGAAGGUAAAGUUCCUUUUGGAUUAAAAGAAAUGGCAAAAGGAAAUAUGUUUGAAGUUGGAAAUAUAACAGAUGUUAAAGUUUCAAGUGUUUCAGAUAAAGGCUUGGAUGUCAUAGUUUUGUCUCAUAAUAUACCUGCAUUUCUUCCAGUAAAUCAUCUGUCAGAUAAUCCUGCUAAUUGCAAAUAUUUGCUUCAUGCAUAUGAAAUUGAUGAAAUAAUAAAAGAUGCAGUGUGUUUUUCUACUCGAGGAGUAUUGAUUGUUAGUAAAAAAAGUUGUUUUAUUCAAGAAGCAAAAUCAAAUAAAGUAGCUAAACAGUUCUCAGAUUUUGAAGAAGGAAUAAUUGUACCUGCUAUAGUAAAAGGUUUUGCUACAUUUGGAAUGUUUAUAGAAACAUUUAAUAAUGUAGUAGGACUAGUGCCUCUUAAGAGGAUGCUUAAUGAAAAAGUGGAAGAAGCUUCUAAAGCAGGAUAUGUUAUACAUCAGUCUAUAAUGGCAAAAGUAAUUACUCUUGAUAAAACAAAAGAGAGAAUUGUUUUUUCUACAAAACUCAACAAUUGCUAUUUAGGAAAUACUGAACCAAGUUUAGAUAUAUUGGAAAAUUAUUUGAAUGAAUGGAUGAAAAUAAAAGAGUAUUACAAAAAACAAACAGGAAUGAAAAAAAAGUUGGCAAAAUUGGAAAUAGGACAAGUGGUAAAUGUUACAAUAACUGAAAUUACUGAUAUAGGAGUUUUAUGUAAAGUACAGAAUGAUCUUCCUGGAGUAGUUAUCAAAGAACAUUUGGGAGGUAAAUUUUAUAUUUUUAAAUAAUAGUUUUAGAAUAACUUAUAUUAAUGAUCAAUUAAUAAGGUCAGAUUAACUGUCAGACUAGAAUAUGGUUAAUUAAUUUCAUGGAUAUUAUGUAAUUUGGACUAGUGUUUGGCAGUUAUAUUGUCAUUUAUGAUCAAUACAAAACCUUCCUCACUUAUUUCUA